AUGUCCAAAUCACUUCAAGGGAAAACGGCCAUCGUCACAGGCGGGUCUCGGGGCAUUGGCGCGGGCAUCGCCGUCGAGCUUGCAAGCAGGGGUGCCAAUGUACUCAUCACGUACCAGAGCGCCAGGACACAAGCCGAAGAAGUGGCGGCAAAGAUUCGCAGCCACGGCAGCGAAGCACUAAUCGUUCAAGCUGGAGGCAGUGACAAGACUGGGCCGACACGCAUCGUCGAUGCAGCCGUGAACAAGUGGACCAAAAUCGAUAUUGUCAUCAACAACGCGGGAGCAGGUGAUGACUGCUUGCUGAAGGAUAUGACAUAUGACUUGUGGGACAAACUCCUCAACUGCAAUGUCCGAUUCGCCACUUUCUUGGUGAAAGAAUGCAUGCCUCAUUUCGGCCCAGCACCCCGCAUUGUCAACAUAUCGAGCGUCAUGGCUCGUAUGGGCAGCGCAUACGGAACCGCGUAUACAGCAUCCAAGGCCGCCUUGGAAGGAGUAACCAAGGUCUGGGCCGUGGAACUCGGGCAGGACUACAACGCGACUGUCAAUUGCGUAAACCCCGGCCCCGUGGGCACAGACAUGUGGCUUCGAGACACAGGUGCUGAUGUCCUGGCUGAGUGGGAUGUCAAGAUGAAGGAGACCCCGGCAGCGGCCAGAAUCGGAACUGUGGAUGACAUUGCGCAGAUCGUUGGGUUCUUGUCCGAGGAGGCAAGCAGAUGGUCGACGGGCAGCACGGCCGAUUUCAAUCUGCUUCGCCAGCAACACCCGACCGCAUCGUUUGCGACUGCCCGUCCAGGUUCCAUGCCUCGGUAUUGCAGAACCCGUACGUUCACUGUGUCGCACCCUCCGCCCUACAAAGCUAGGGCUCCUGUCAGACGGACCAAAACAUACACGGGUUGUUGGACAUGUCGCGACCGCGGCACCAAGUGCGAUGAGCAGCGACCCGAGUGCCGCAAAUGCCUAGACGCCGAGAUCCACUGUGAAGGAUACAGUGUGAGGCUGGUUUGGGAAGACGAGCAGAAUAGCGGUCACCGUGUUCAACGACGAACGCUUAUACCAAGGCAAGACCCUGGGCAUUCAUCUCUCACCGUGGACGAGCUCAGCUCUGCGUUGGCUGAGAUCGACUCGGCCGACAUCAAGCCGAACAUCGCUUUUGCAGCAAGCCGUGGGCCAUUCUCCGUUUUCCAAUUCUCGCAAUCAUGGUCACCCAGCCAUGAACCCUCUCUUCCCCAGCGAGUUGGUCAGAUUAAUAGUCUGAUAGCAAAGGACACUGCCACGACUAACCCCGCAGAAGGGAGUCAACAAAGCCAUGUUUAUGCGUCUGCAGCCUCAAUCGUGUCCGCCUCACCGAGAAUCGUUUCCAGUCUUGACGGAAGUGAAGAAGACAACAAUGAGCACUCAUGCAUGGCUGAGGCCAACCUUGCCGAAUAUGAGCAUCCUGAUGCGGCAAUGGCCAUGAUAUCCAUCAAACAGAAAGUUCAACCACAUAUCACGACUUAUAUAUCAUCCGCCUCACCAGACGAGCGUACGCUUUUGCACUAUUGGAUCACUGAACUAAGCGAAAUGAUGCUACCAACGCCACGCCAGGAUAACCCCUUUCGCACGAUAUUUAUUCCCCUGGCGCUUGCAGCAUCGGACUCGAGCAGGAGUUCUUCUGCCAAUGUAGCCUUGCUACACGCGAUAUAUGCCGUCUCUGCCUUCAAUCGGGCUCGAAUUCCAGCUUCUCCUGGAUAUGUGGAGGCACUGGGUACCAAACAUCAUGAAAUCAGUCUCCGUCAUCUGUGGAUGGCUUUAUCGCAGAACGAAGCCGAAGCCGACUCGUCGCACCGGGAAGCUAUUCUAGCCACCAUCAUUACCAUGUCAUCCAUUGAGGUCAUGAUAGGGGCCUCUGCAACCUGGCGUACCCAUCUGGCCGGUGGAAGGUCUUGGUUACGUUCGACCAUAGCAAGCAAUGCCACCCAGAGUGAAUGUUUCUGGACGUUGUGCCAAAUUUUCAUUUUAUCCUUGAACCGCUUGAGACUCGCAACUGUCCCCUUACAAAAACCAUACUGGAUAAGCAUUAUUGCUUGGAGGAGCUCUUCGGAAUUACGAAAUCGACGUUGGAGGCGAUCAUGA